UGGUAACAACAAUGUAAACCGAUGUCGUAGGUUACAUUUUGUAGAAUCUAACUAAAGAAAAGAACAACAUCUCUCUUACUCUACCUAAGAUCUAGAUUAGAUCUAGUUGAUAGAUGCAUCUUUCCUAAGCCAGCUAAUGCCUAAUAUAUUUAUAAAAAAUAAAAGUACACCUUAUGUAAGCAGAGAAGCGCUAAGUCAUCAUGAAAAAUAUUGAAAAACUACAAAUUGAGAAAGCAGGCAUAAUACUAUUAAUAUGUAUAUAUAGUUUUACAGGUGGAAACACUCAGGGUGUACCUAAUGGUGCUAAUGAAAAACUUACAGAACCAGAGACAUCAAACGGUCAAAAUCAGCAACAGCAGAGACAGGGUGUCACAGAUGAGAUACACUCACAGAAAGAAACACAUGCAGCUGAGCAUAAAGAGCAAUCAAUCAACCAGCCAUCCAGUCAUCCUGUAGACACUGCUUAUAAGCAACAGAACAAUCCAUCUGGUUCAUCUUAUCAUGAUUCCAAAGACAAUUCAGAUCAAAAUGGUAUUACUGUUGAAGUCCAAGCCCCUGUUAUAGACUUUAGAGAACUAAAAUCACAAGAAGGUGCUCAUUCAGCAAAGGAAGAGCCACAAGAAAAAGUUGACGAGUUCCCAUUUGGAAGAGAGCCUGAUAAAGAUGAAGAGAUGAGAAAUGCAGCCAAUCAGCAUCAAGGUCAGUUGCCGCAGUUGCCAAAUACAUUAGUGACCCCUCCAAUAUUGGACGAAGACCAGACAGAGGAAGAGGAAACUGAGCCCACACCUGAAGAGAUUGAAGGUGAUAAAUUGUUUCAAUCUGGAGAAAAAUUAAUCAAUGCAACUUACUACAAGGAAUACAAAGAGGCAUUCUUGUACUUUCUGCAAGCUGCAGAGCUUGACCACAAGAAAGCUAAAGAAUAUGUGGCAUUUGGCUACCUUUUUGGUGACUAUUUACCACAGAAUGUAACAAAAGCAUCUGAGCUAUUUGUUGAAUUGGCAGAGAAAGGGUCCCCCAAGGCACAAAUGGGUCUUUCUUUCAUGUAUAGUGCUGGCUUCUUCUUUAACUCCAGUCAAGCCAAGGCACUUAUUUUUUCUACUUUUGGAGCCUUGGGUGGGGAUCCAUUGGCACAGAUGGCAUUGGGUUACCGCUACUAUGCUGGCAUUGGUGUUGAAUCUAAAUGUGAAACUGCUUUAACCUAUUAUAGAAAGGUUGCUGCUAAAGUUGCUGAUGCUGUCACUUUAGCAGGGGGUCCUGUGGUGCAGAGAAUUAGACUUCAAGAAGAGGCAGAGGUUCAAGGCAGUAAUAACAGCCCUUUGCUUGAUGAUGAUCUCUUACAGUACUAUCACUUCUUGGCUGAUAAGGGUGACCAACAGGCCCAGGUUGUCCUAGGUACACUUUACUACCAAGGUGGCAAAGGUGUGCAGAUUAAUCAUGAUCAAGCUUACCACUAUUUCUCUACUGCUGCAGAAUCUGGUAGCGGACAUGCUCUUGGAUAUUUGGGAAAGAUGCAUUCAGAAGGUAGUCCAGUUGUUAAGCAAAGUAACCACACAGCAUUCGAAUACUUCAAAAAAUCAGCUGACAAGAACAACCACAUAGGGCAAGCUGGUUUAGGGAUGAUGUACUUGCAUGGACUCGGAGUUGAAAAAGACACAAACAAAGCAUUUCGCUAUUUCUCUUUAGCGUCUGAUCAAGGAUCCGUCGAUGGCCAACUGCAGUUAGGAAUUAUGUACUUCAGUGGCAUUGGUGUCCGCAAGGAUUAUAAAAUGGCUGUCAAGUACUUUACAAUGGCAUCACAGAAUGGCCAUGUCCUGGCAUUUUACAAUCUGGCCCAAAUGCAUGCCACUGGCACUGGUGUUCUUAGAAACUGUCACACAGCUGUUGAGCUGUUUAAGAAUGUGGCUGAAAGAGGGAGGUGGUCAGAAAUGAUGAUGGAUGCUCAUCGUAUGUACCAUGAAGGUAACGUGGACACCGCACUGAUCAAAUACAUGUUUUUAGCUGAGCUGGGCUAUGAGGUGGCACAAUCAAAUGUUGCAUAUCUUUUAGAUAAUGGCGCUACAAGCAAGUUCAGCAGACAUGAAAUGUAUCAAAGAGCAUUGCUUCAGUAUUCAAGAGCUGCAUCUCAAGGUUCAACACACGCUAGACUAAAAAUGGGAGACUAUCACUACUAUGGACUGGGUACUGACAUUGAUUAUGAGUCAGCUGCUUCUCAUUACAGGCUUGCAUCAGAACAGCAACAUAAUGCACAGGCUAUGUUUAAUCUAGGAUAUAUGCAUGAGAAGGGGCUUGGGCUUAAGCAGGAUGUCCAUCUAGCAAAACGUUUUUAUGACAUGGCAUCAGAGACCAGUAUUGACGCCCAUGUUCCAGUGACUCUGGCAUUACUCAAGCUUGGGCUUUUCUAUGGCAUGGAUGUCUUUAACAAAGAAUUUGAAGGUGUAUCUGGAAUACUGAGUUUGAUAGAUCCUGAGGCUUACUUUGGCCCUGAGUGGGACUUGUAUUUAGCAACAUUUUUUGCCAUGGUUUUUGCUGUUGUUUAUUUUUUACGGAGAAGAUAACAUCUGCAUUUAAUGUGAAGCUUGAUGUAUAGGUUAUUGUGUGUCCUUUUAAGAAUUGUUGUGUUUGAAUGAGUAAGUGAGAUUAGCUUAUUUUAAUAUUGACAAGUGAGGGUGUUUCAGAUUAAGUUGUACCUUAUUUUUUUUUUAAAUUCCAAUGGACCUAGACAUCAGUGCCUUUCACUUCCUUGUUUAUUGUGUUUGAUUUUUAUGAUAUAAAAGCUCUCAUUUUUGUGCUAGGACGUUUUGAUCGUCUGGAAACUCUCAUGUCUGAUGUGUUUUAUUCCAGAGAAAUGUAAUUUUUUAUCAUUCCUUUUUAUUUGGGGUUUUCAUUUUAUUUUGCGUCCUUUUUUUUAAAAUAAUGUUUAUAAUGGGAGGAAAUACAUUAGUAAUGUUGGAAAUUAGUAUUUUACUGCUGACAUUGCUUUGUGCUGGUAGGUAAUGGGAGAAAUUGAGUUGUUUUUACAUGAUAGUAAUUGUCAUGAAAUAUGUGAGCUACAGUUAUGUAUUAUUAAUUUGGUAUUUAAGUUUUUUCACAAACUUUGUAACAUCAUAAUUUAUUGGAUAACUCUGUUUUAAUUGAGACCUAAAAUUUUAUCUUGGUAUAUCAAAAUUUUGUCUGUUUUAGUGUGUAAUCAAAUUUCUUGUCCUGUAGAUUUGUAGUGACAACUUUUCAACACACCCGACAGUCUUACAUCAUUUCUUUGACAUGUACUGUUGUUCAAUUUUAUUUGUUUUAAAACAUCUGAUAAUAGUUUCAGAUGUCUUGAGGUACGUUAAUUGAAGUGUAUCAAGACUGUUUCUGAAAUAAAUUGGCGCUGUUUUUAAAAUUCAAGAUAAAAUAUCAUCAGAUUGCUUCACUGAGUCAUAAAAACAUACCUCGUCACCUUGUUUUAACAGUGCAAGUAUUAUGUUGUCUUUUAUCUGGGUCUGCAAUACUGCAAAGUAGUUGGAGGCUGGAGAAUUUAAAUUACUUUCUGUCUCUAUAUCCUCUGCUCAGUAGGUUUUCAUUGAAAAAAAUGUAUGCAUUUAAUGUAUUGAACACUAUGAAAAUUACUUGAUAAUAAUUGUUCAAUGUUUUUUAAAUAUAACUUUUCUUGAUAGUUAAUAUGUGUUUGAGUAAUUCUUGAUAACUGAGUUCAGUAAAAUGUAAAUAAAUCCAGUACUAUCCAUUAUUUCAAUGCAUGUUAUGAACUGUAUGAUGAUUGUCUGAAUGUGCUAGUGCUAAUGAAGUGAAAAUUUUGCAAUAACGAUAUUCUCACUGUUUGAAAUAUUGGUUUCUGUUUUGUCUGGACAUUAAAUUAUUUAAAUAUUCAGACAUGUGAUAUUAAAACAAAUUUAAUUAAC